AUGAAUUCAACAAAUGAUGAAUAUAUUAAUUCGUUAUCAGUAUGGGGACAUCAACAAUUAAUUCUUUGUAUAAUUAGUAUUUCACUUAGUAUUCUUCUAGUUUGUAUAAUAUUUAUUGUACCUGCUGCGAUUAUUAUUCGUCGAACACAACGACGUCAAAUUCAAUUAAAUUUAAGAGAAUCACAGCGUUUUAUUGGAUUCAUGUAG